AUGGUGAUUGAUCUUUUGGGUCCGUCGUUGGAGGAUUUGUUCAACUAUUGUCACCGGAAGUUCUCGUUCAAGACUGUGAUCAUGCUAGCGCUGCAAAUGAUAUGCCGGAUCCAGUACAUCCACGGCAGGUCUUUCAUUCACAGAGAUAUUAAACCGGACAAUUUCUUGAUGGGUGUUGGGAGACGUGGAUCCACGGUGCACGUUAUCGAUUUCGGGUUGUCGAAGAAGUACAGGGACUUUAGGAGCCACAACCACAUCCCAUAUCGUGAAAAUAAGAACCUCACGGGUACCGCGCGUUACGCGAGUGUGAACACACACUUGGGGAUCGAGCAGAGUAGGCGUGACGAUUUGGAGAGUUUGGGUUACGUUUUGAUAUAUUUCUGCAAAGGGUCUUUGCCAUGGCAGGGCCUAAGGGCAACCACAAAGAGACAAAAAUACGACCGUAUCAUGGAGAAGAAGCUCUGCAUUACAGUGGAACAGCUCUGUCAGGGUCUCCCCAUGGAGUUCGUCGAGUACAUGAGGUACUGCAGAAACUUGAGGUUCGACGAAAGACCAGACUACAUGUACUUGGCACGUCUAUUCAAGGACUUGUUCAUCAAGUUGGAGUACCACAACGACCACUUGUUCGACUGGACCAUGUUGCGUUACACCAAGGCCAUGAUCGACAAGCAAGGCGGUGCCCAGGCUCUAGAACAAAAAGACGAAAACGGUAACAAACAGGACUCCUUUGAUAAAGUGAAGCAGUUGGCCAUGAAGAAGUUCUCAACACACUUCCACUACUGGAAACCAGACGACACUUCUCACCCAACAGCAGAUGAUAUAAAGCAACAAACGAUCUUGAACACUCAAGUCGUUUCAUCGAUCCCAGACGAAGUCAUGAACGCUAUCGACAGAAAUAUGGAACAAUUGAAGAACGAAGUCAACCAGCAGGUAGCGUCGCAACCACAACGAACACAGCAACAACCGGGACAGCAACAACAGCCUGAUCUCCAAUUGCCUCAACCUACCACCCUACUACAACAGCAAAGAGCACAGGUCCAAGGCCAACAAGAACAGCUUUUGCAGCAACAAGAACAACAACAACAGCAACAGCAGCAGCAACAGCAGCUACAGACUCAUCAAAAUUCCAUGGCUACCACUACUAAUAAUAAUAAUCCUAAUACUAAUAAUAUUAAUGGUAAUCCUCUACCAAACCACACCAACAACGCUACUGCGUCAAAUAAUAUCUGGCUAUGA